UUAAAUGAAGAAUCAAAUUCAGACGCAAAACGUAGCCUGAGAAGAAACCAAGAAAAAACUGACAUAAGGAAGGGUUGCUACUUGGGGGAGGAUCAAUGAAUCAUUGAAUAAUGAAUAAUGUCUCCAUGCACACCAACCAUCCCAUUAUAAAUUCCUAAGUUUUCAACUCAUCAUCAAUUAGCACUUUUGCUGCAGAAUGCUUGAGGAGAACAAGAACCAUGAAUCAACUUUGUGGUGUUAUCCUUUUGGUUCACUCAGUCUUGUGUUUCCAUGCUAGAGCACAGACUGCUGCACCUUCAGGAGAUGCUGUCUCCAAUUUCCAACCAAGCCUUGCUGUUGUCAUAGGAAUCCUUGGUGUCAUGUUCUUACUCACAUUCUUUCUUCUCAUGUAUGCAAAAUUCUGUCAACGCUGCGCUUCUUCGCCCGUUGGAGACACAGAAAAUCAACUCCCUUUUGUUAGAUCAAGAUCUAGAUUCUCAGGAAUUGACAAGAAUGUCAUAGAAUCACUCCCCUUCUUCAGAUUCUCUUCACUCAAAGGGUCAAAGGAAGGGCUGGAGUGUGCAGUGUGCUUAUCAAAGUUUGAAGAUGUUGAAAUUCUCAGACUUCUACCAAAGUGCAAGCAUGCUUUUCAUAUUGAUUGCAUAGACCACUGGCUUGAAAAACACUCUAGCUGUCCUAUUUGCAGGCACAGAGUCAACCCUGAGGACCACACAACCUUCACAUAUUCAAACAGUUUAAGGAGGCUAGCAAACCAGUCAGAGGUAGGUGAAGAAUCUAACAUAGAGAUCUUUGUCCAGAGAGAGGAAGAGCAUCAUGGUUCAUCAAGAUUCAGUUUUGGAAGCAGCUUUCGGAAAACGGGAAAGUACGUCAAGGAAGAAGAAUUCCUCAUUGAAAAAGGAGCAGAAGAUAGUGAUGGUAAUCAGAAGGGAUAUCACAAACACAACCACAGGAUUACUAUAUCUGAUGUUGUGUUCAAGCACAGGUGGAGCAACGUGAGUUCUUCAGACCUUAUGUUUCUGAAUUCGGAGAUGCUGAACGAUGCAUCAAGCAACAGAUUCAGCAACUUGGAAUCAAAUGCUGACAUGAUGUCUAGUACAAGAGGGGUGGUGGAAAAUGAGCAAAUUAUGAAUAUUAAGGAGGAGAUGGAGAGGAAGAUUUCAUUUGAGAGCAAAGUUGGUGUACUGAACAACAUCAAAUCAGUUUCAGAUAAGCAUCUUCUUUUUACAUCAGAUUCUGCAGGGAAAUCAACUCAUGCACCAAAGUAUGCGAAUCCCGGUGAGAAAAGGUCAAUGUCAGAAAUCACUGCUGUCUCUAGAUUUGGAGAUUUAGGCAUGAAAAUGAGGGUCUUCAAGGAUUCUUCUUCCCUUCAAAACAACCUUAAAGAGGAAAGAAUGAGGCAGAUUUGGUUUCCAAUUGCAAGAAGAACAGCUCAAUGGUUUGUGAAUAGAGAAAGAAGGUCUCAACAAUCUCAGAAUAAACAACAGCCAUUAGAUGUAUAAUUCAAUCCAAUCCAACCUUCCUGAGGUACACAUGUUUGGUUUCAGUCCUUGAUUAACAACUACAUGUAGAUUUUAUGUUGUUUUUUUGUUGAUUUGUAUUUAGUUAAGUAAAGCAGGUACAGGUUCCUUGUUUUUGUUUCAAUCUCUCUAUUUUUUUAAUUCUUAUGAUCUGCAUAAAAACUUUGUUAAUCUUUCUAUGACAGAGAAUUUAAGGACCCCUUGUGACCAGAAUAAUAGAAACCCUUGUAGACUUAAAA